GACAACAGUAUUCACAGGGCGUUCCGAGGCACUGUCAAUUAUAGGCAAAGACACUAAACAGACUGCGCAACAUCCGGUCAAUGCCUGCCAGGACUUCAAUGCUCAUGCCAUUGUCAGCAGCGAUGAAGAUAACGAGGAGGAAGAGAUGUCCGUCAAAGUUGGAGACAGCGUCGCUGUGGCGGUUGGGGAGGAUGAGCUGGUCGACUUGCAGAAAAAACUUCGGAGGCUGCACCCAGAGAAUGAAAGAAGCCAUUGGUGUGACAGGCGAGGUUGUCCGAGUGUCAAAAGGAGGAUCAGUGUAUGUGAACUUCAUACCAAUGGGACAGUACCGAUUCAAUCCCAAAGCUUUGGUGAAGGUAAUCCAGGUGAGGGAAGGUCAGCUUGUUAGGAUCCGACCUGACAAGGACCAGGUCAAGAUUCUCAACAGACGGGUGGGCUGGAAGGACGAGAUGACAAACACUGUAGGACAGGUUGGCAGAGUGAUCAAGCUGGACGAAAAAGGAGUUGUAGCGAUCAGCUUCGGAAAUUCUGAGUUCUGCUACACGUACACCAAGGCGUGUUGUCUGCCGGCACACGGUGCACCACAGGACUCACACAACUGUGGUACAAGCGGCAGAGAUACUAAACUAUUUCCUGUCAGUGUUGUUCUUUUAUGUGGGAGCGAAUACAUAGCUAAAGACGAGGAUAGUAAAACUUUAUCCCGCGCACUAAAGAAGAAGAAAUAAUACGAAAGAAGAGUCUGCAUCGUUACUGGUUCCAGAGGUCUGAUACACAGUUUGUUUGUUGCCAUAGAAACUGGAGACCGCGUCACAGUGUCGAGGUUAUGUCGAGCAAACAGA